GUUUAUCGAUUGACGGAGAUAGGAGGUCAGUCUUAAGAUAAGUGCAUCAAUAGCUGGUUUUAUAUCGCUCGAAGACGAUAGUGAUUAGUUUAACCUUGGGGCUAACUUGUCGAAAAUACUUGUUCGUUUGAUAAUCCCUCUUUUUUUUUUUUUUUUUUCAAAGAUGACGAUUACGAUGUUUUUGGUGCAAUUUCAGUGGGUCUUCUUCACUCUCAUCUUUGUGUGUGGAGUUGUAACAAAUGGAGAUGUUCCUCCGGGCAAAACCUUUGUUAGGGAAGGUGGUAAGUUUACCUUAACCUGUCGUGUGCGCCCAGUUGGUCUCCAUCUGUGGUAUAAAGAUGGAGUGCCUGUUGUGCCUGACACAAAAAAUAGGUAUCUCCUAGAGCAGGAGACUUCUCCGUCCUUUGGGCCUGAAUUUGUAAUGCUCAUGAAGCUCUCUGUGGAACAGGCAGUACCUAUCCAUUCAGGAGAAUACAAGUGUAGCAGCUUUAGCCCACAUUCACAUCGUAUUGUGGUGCUAACUGCUUCUAUGAUUCGUACGAAUGAAGAAGUGCCUGGGCAAGGGAUUAUCUUGAACCCUCCAAAGCCUCUAGAGCUAGUGUGUAAUACGACUGAGGAUUUGUCAAGAGAUGUAACCUGGUUUAAGGAUGGAUUACUUUUGAAUGAUAAUGAUAGAGUCCAAAUAUUCUCAGAAAACAACACUGUGAUUGUGAAAUCAACCACUGAAAAUGACACUGGUGAAUAUACAUGUGCUGUGACAGAUCCUGAUAUUAAUGCCACCAUCUUAGUCCGAACUCGUACAGAGUUUAUAGAAAUGUUCCAUAGUUCAUUGAACCUUGUUCAGGGUGACAAGUUAGUUCUGUCUUGUCAAGUGAAAGGAAUUCCUACACCAACUGUUACCUGGUUGAAAGAUGGAAGUUCCUUGAAUUCUUCAGACUCGCGUAUUAAGCUUGAAGCUAAUGAGAAAGGAGUUCCUAAUGCAAAACUUAUCAUCGAAGAGCUGGAUUAUGAUGAUAGAGCUCACUACACCUGUGAAGCAAAUAAUGGAGUUAACAAUGUCACAAGCACUAUACUAGUGCGAGUUAAAGAUAAACUAGCAGCUCUUUGGCCAUUUUUGGGGAUAUGUGCUGAGGUGGCUGUUUUGUGUGCCAUUAUUUUUGUUUAUGAGAAGAAACGAGUUAAACCUGAUUUUGACGAGUCUGAUACUGACCAGAAUGUUGAGAACAAAAAUCUUCCUGAUCAAAGAGAAGGUAAGGAAAUACGACAACGAAAGUAAGGAUAGGAGAUGGACACGGACACCUCUGAAGGCUGCCUUAGUGUACCUAUGCCUUAGGCAGCCAUUAUUUUCAUUUAUAAACUAAUUUUUAUUUGCUCUGCUUAUUGUAGAAAAAAAAACUUGUAUUAUUAUUGUUUUUAUAUUGUAUGCAGAAUUUUCUUGAAAACAAUUAACUAUUCCAAUUCACCAUUUGGGUUUCCAUAUAUAAACGAAAAUAUUUUUUGUUAGUGGCAUUUAGGAGGAAUAAGCUAAUAAUUUAUAGAUUUGAGUAAAAUUGCACAGUUCAAUGUGCAUACGUAUUCAACGGGAUUCCAUUUUCUUGUGCAUGUACACAACAUAGGUUCAAAGAUGUUUAUUUGACUCAAGUUAGUAUUAGGCAAUAUUCUCUGAAGAAUUUUAUGUAUUUUUAUUUUUGUGGAGAGUGAAUUGGAAAACAAUAUGGUAGAAAAUACUUGUAAUUAUUUGUUAUGAAAAUUCACUGUGUUUUGUAUAUCACGUGCUGAAGGUUUUCUUAUAAACAUCAGUAUUUAUAUAAUCAGAAAUAAAGAUUUAUUUUGAGGAACAGUUUGGCAUUCCAAGUGUUUUAUCAUCCCAGCAUUUUAUAUAUUUUUUAUUGUUUUAACAUUUACUGUGCUUUUUUUGUGUGUGUAUUGACUUUUUUUUAGACUUGUUAGUGCAAAUACAAAUGUAGUUUUGCAUCUUUGGACUUUAUUGAGAUAAUAGUCAUUUAAUUGUAACAACAACAGUUAUAAAUAGUGUCAAAAUUUUGUGAUAUCGUACAUUUCUCUGCUUAAUUGUAACAAAAAAAGUUCAAUAUGUUCCACAAGAAAAAAUAAAUAAAAAAUGAAUGUGUAGAGUCUGUGAACAUUGAGGACUUUUCUUAUGAUAUCAAGCAUCUAACAAUGUGGUUGUUUAUUCUUUGCUUGUAUUAGUAAAUUGUUUUCAGACGUUUCACAAAAUUGUCUUGUAGCAACAUGUGGCUGCAUUGACCUAGUAACUUAGUUUUAUUAUAUAACAAUAAGCAUUGCAGUUAUUCUGAAUGAUAUAAACUGUUACUGUUUUUUCCUGAAACACAUUUAUUCUCAUGUACAUUUUUUCUGCCUUUCCCAAAAGUUUUAGCAACAUGGGACUCUAUUUGACUUGUAUUGCUUAUAUUUUGGAAAAAAAAACAACUGUAGCAGCCCUUCUGAAUGAUAUGAACUGUUUCUAGAAAUAGAUUUAUCCCAUCUUAGCUUCAACAGCAUUUAUCACAGUUCAAUUUUUGCAUACAGUGUGUAACAGUUGUACCUGUAAUUACUUUAGUAGUUUGUUGAUACUUGAAGUUGUAAAUAUGUGUCAGUGUCAUAGAGAAAACGUAUAGAAACUACUGUCAGAAAACUUCUUAUGUAGGCUGACAGAAAAGUAAAUGAUGGAUUGAAAUUCCCCACCAAUGUGGUUGAGUUCACACAAAAACUUCAUUGGUUCGUUUUCACUUUAUUUGGAUAAAGUAUAAACACAACUACUUGAUAAUGAAAACAACGAAUUUUAUCAUGCAAAACAUUAAAAUCAAUAUAUUUAUAUGGGAAAGAUAUCUUUUAUCUUCAAUGAUUUAUUUUCUUCUCUACAUAUGUUAUCUUAACAGAAAAUACCAGUGUACAAUCAUCAGUUAUUUAAGGUAAUGUUCUCCUGUUCUUUAAUGGUUUCUAGUAUAGAAGUCAGAUGUUAAAAUAUAAAUGUUUAUAUAUUUUUCUUAUCAUAAAUAGGUUGUAUGCUAUUACAUUUUCUCUUUAAUUAAUGAAAAUCUUUUGCAGUAAAUUUAUAUAAAUAAAAGCUUUAAGUAUUAUGUAAACUGUGCUCUGUUUUACAUUUUUUUCUUCUUAAAGUUACAUUUAUAAAGUACUACAACUCAUUUAUUGUGAAAUUAGUGAAUUGUGCUAUUAAUUUACUCUUGUUGGAUCUUUAAAUAGGUUGAUUUUAAACUGUUACUGAACUUAAUUCUCAGGGAAGCCAUAGAAAAAUAUAUUGAGUCAGAUUUUCAUGAUAUGAUUUAUUUACAGCAAAUCUUUGAGAUUAUAUUGUAUGUUGCUUAUUUGAGAAACUUUAGUAAUGUUGCUUCAAGCUGUGUUGAUGGAAAGUUGAUAGUGAUUGUUUUUUGUUUUAACAAAUCAAAUGUAAAAUUAUAUUAAAAGACAAUACAAUAAAAUCUAAUGUUAUUAAUAAUGUAGAUUAUGCAAUGUACUGAGUCUUAAAAUGAUUUUAGUACACUAAAUUGUAAAAAUAAUGAACUGUAUACAUGAGACAACCUACAGUUGUCAUAGUCUGAGCUCUAACUUAGUCAGCUAGCAGAUACCCCAUGUAGGAAAGUAAAUAAAUGGAGAAGUACAAAAGUUUUUUUUAAAUAUGCAAUUUUGAAAGCUUUAAUAACUUUUUUACUGUUAAGGUUUUAAAAAUCUUAAACUCAAGGAUAAGCUGUUUAAAAUAAAGAACAAUAAACUAUAUAUGUGUGUAAAAAAAGGUGAUAUUAGUAUUUAAAUAAUGAUGACAUAAUCAGGUAAUGACAAAAUGUAACUAAAAAUUGCUAGUUCUGGGAAAACAUGAUGUUUCUUAAUGACAGUGAAAAUGUAUUAAACUUCAUGCAAUAUUUCAUAAAAUAAUAAUAAAUCAUGGUUCUUCAUUUUAAAUUGGUACAUUUAAACCUUUUUUUGUAUCAGCCCUGUUUCAUGAAUUUGGUUGAGGCACUUUUUUUGUAGACCUUCAGCCUAAAAUCAUAGUAACACAACAAAUUUUUGUUUGGGAAAACUGAUUUAAUCUCUGAGGAAAAAGAGUAAAAAAACCUGUUUGUAAGGAAGUGGGUUUAAAUUUUUUGAGUGUGCUUUUUGUUCAAAAUAAGUGCAAAUAAAAAUGUCUCUUGCUCUAAAUUUUGAAUAAAAGAGUUCUUGAUGUUUAGAAAUAUUUUCAUAUCAUAAUUGAAAGUCUUUCCACAGAGAGAACUUUGAACCAGUUUGAUUUUGUUGGUGCAUUCCAUUAUUUAAAACUAAUGUUUACUGUCAGAAUGACUGUUUCAAAAAAGUUACUGAGUAGCUACUGCUAGACUCAGAGGGAAAACAUUUUGGUUUUAUUAGUUGUUUUCAUCAGUCAUCAUCAGAAGAAAGUAAUUAUUUGUUGAUGUUUUUUUUAACUAGUGACUUCAUAAUAAUUAUUUCAAUAGUCAGAUUUAAAUCGGGAGACUAAAGGAAGUAUCCAGGGAACUUUAUAAUUCAUGUGUAGAAUGAAAUUGGAGGGAUGCUUUAGUGUAAGUUGCACCGUGUAGUCAAUUUUAGCAUUAAUUUUCAUGGAAUUCUUGCAGUAUUAUUACCUUAAAUAUUUAUUUCAUCGAGACAAACUAUUUAAUAACUCUUUGAGGGAAACAACUUAUUAGCAGUCAACUCUCUAGAAACUAUACAGCUAUGUUCCUUCUGUAACAAAUGUGGCAGCCCAAUAAGGAAACAGUAAUUGCUGGUUACAAUUCAGUUUUAAAAUCAGUAUUGGUAUAGAAAUUUUCAAUGUCACAGUUACCAUGAGUGGUAGAAGAAUUGGAGUAAAUUUGAAACGAUGGAAAUGUUAAUUUUGACUUCUUUUUAUGAAACUUUCAUUGUGGCUAUGCUAAUAAUGUAAUUUUCUAAGGCUUUGGAUGUUCAUCAGAAGACCUUAUUUCUUAAAAUAGGGUUCUUUUCCUUGAAAAGCAACUUUCACAUAGUAAGGUGCCCACUUUCAGACUAUUUGUAAGGUACCAGAAUUUAUAUUUCUCUGUAUACAUAAUGAUAUCUGCUUGUAUACAUGUAUGCCUUUAAAUAACAUUAACUUCUAUCUAAUUUCUGGAAAUAUCUCAAACAUUGUCAGUAUAAGAAUUAACGUGUAAUUUUUAUGGACAAAAUAUAAGUGGUCUCUUUAGCUGUAUUGUGAUUUUCAUCUCUAGAGACUUAUUUUAGAAACAUGCUUGUUAAGGAUAUUCAAAUCCACCAUUUCUGGCAGAAACUGCUGUGGUAUUUUUAAAAGUGUGAAAGUUAAUAUGAAGAGAAGGUAUGUACACUUAUAUUCCAGCUUUGGAGAGAUAAAUGUGUCAAAUAUAUGUCGUAUUUCACAUUCGUUACUAUCUUCCUAAAUAAGUUUACUAGUUAUAGAACAUCUACAUGUAAUAUAUUUAUCCAAAUAUUCAGCCACAUACUAUAAAAUAAUGUUUGUGAUGAAGAAUGUUGUUCAAUAAAACAGUGCGGGAUUAAGGGUUGAUAAUCAAAUAUUUAGUGUUUUAAUGUUAUGCUGUAUUUGUUAGGCCUUGUGUAUGUUUGGCUCUAUUUACACAUUGCAUGAGGAAUCUCUAAUCUUCAUUAUUUUAGUAAAACAAUGGAUGUACGGUGUUUGCAGAGUGUGUAUGUUUUUGUGAAAAUUCUCUGACAACUUUUCAUAAUUAGUUUUUGGUAGAAAUAUUUUUAAACACUAGAUAAUUGUGGCUCAUUAUAUCAAUAAUUCCACAUUAUAUAAAUAUAUAAGAACAGUAAAGACCAAAUUACACAGUGACUUAUGAAUGUUUCUGCAUUGCUCUUCAGUUGAGACUUGUUUGUGUGUUAUGUUUUGAGAGACAUUAUGAAAUGUUCUUUGCAUAACAUCACAUUUUUUCACUAUAUUUAGAAACAACAAAAAAAGCCAAAGAAAGAUUUGUAUAUUUUUCCAAAAUUUGGCAAAUUUGGGAUUAUUUAACACAGUUGGAAAUACCAUUCAUUAGAUUUCUAGUGUCCCCAAGUAUAUCAGAUUCUGACACUGUAUACAGAUUUUAUUUUGUAACUACCCUUUUUGUUUCCCAAAUCUGGAAAAGAACUUAAUUUUAAACUACUUGCAUUUUGUUUAAGGUUUAAAUGAAUAUAUAGGAGGGAUUUAUGAUCUCUGUUCUCUUAUUCCGCACUAUUAAAUUUUCUGGUAUUAAUGUAACUUUCACAUUCAGUUGCACUGUAUGAUUUAUCUGUGGAAUAAUCCAUUAUUUUCUUGCACUUUAAUGUGAUGUGUAGAGGAGCCAAAAUAGAGGAACUGUAUUAUAUUUUGAUGUACUCCAGUUGAUCAUUUUAAGCAUUAAUGAGGAAAUACUUUCUAGAUACAAAGAUGUAAGUGUACUUGCAAAUGAUUAAAUAAAAAAAAA